GGUGAGCCGUUAGCAGCGGGCACCUGUUAGCAGGGGGGAGCCGUUAGUAGCGGGGAGCCGUUAGUAGCGGUUAUUUCACCUGGUACAGUACUGUGAGCCGUCCAGUGGAUGAGGAUGAUCAGCCCCACGGGUACUGCACAGUAACCUAUUCAUCCAGUGAUCGGUUUGAAGGACACUUCACCCACGGAGAGAAGAAUGGGAAGGGAAAGUUCUUCUUCUUUGAUGGAAGGUAUUGCAAACAUAAGACAGAGAAAAAUGGAGGCAUUUCCCUCAACCACUCGACCGCCAUGUUUAUCAGAGCAUGCACUGGAGGGUUUCUAUGUAGAUGACGCUCUGCAGGGCCAGGGGGUGUACACAUAUGAAGACGGAGGUAUUCUCCAUGGGACGUAUGUGGAUGGAGAGCUCAAUGGGCCCGCUCAGGAGUGUGAUGCAGAGGGCCGCCUGGCGUUCAAGGGCCAGUACAAAGACAACAACCGCUGUGGGGAAUGCUGGGUCUACUACCCUGAUGGAGGCUGUGUGUUUGGGGAGGUGAAUGAGGACGGGGAGAUGACCGGUGAAUCUGUAGGGUACAUCUACCCCGACGGACACACGGCUCUCUUUGGAACCUUUGUGGAUGGAGAGAUCAUCGAGGCUCGCCGCGCCACCCUGAUCACAAACGAGAGCAGAAGGCCACGCUUUGAAAUCGCCCCCAACAGUCCUGUGUACUCGUACGACAAGUCCACGUCCACCUGUAUCACCAGCCACGCUCUGCUUCCUGACCCUUAUGAGAGCCAGAGGGUGGUUGUGGCAGACUCUCUGAUCAAAGGAGCAGGACAGGGCCUGUUUGCCAGGACAGAUGCUGAGACUGACACUGUGAUGGCUUUUUAUAAUGGAGUACGCAUCACACACUCUGAGGUAGACAGCAGAGACUGGGCACUGAACGGAAACACAAUCUCAUUGGACGAGGACACAGUGAUCGACGUCCCUCAGCCAUUUGACCAGACGGAGAGAUACUGCGCUUCUCUGGGUCACAAGGCUAACCACUCCUUCACCCCCAACUGCAAAUAUGACCCGUUUGUCCAUCCUCGUUUUGGGCCCAUCAAGUGCGUCCGAACCUUGAGGGCUGUGCAGAAAGAUGAGGAGCUAACGGUUGCUUAUGGUUACGAUCACGAGUCAACGGGGAAUAAUGGCCUUGAGGCCCCUGAUUGGUACAAGCAGGAGCUGGAGGAGUUCCGGUCAGAGACAGGCGACUCCCACUAGCCUGUGAAAAUACAGAUGAAUCUGGACAAUAAAACAGGCCUCUACCUGUGCUACCACCUUACAGGACUCCUGCAGCAUUAUGCCACUCAAUAUCCCCUGCAGCUGCUAACCACGCCCUAGAUAUCUGAGAGGUUACUAUGCCUCAUACACUGUUCAAAUGGAAUACUGCUUGAGAAAGCCAGCAUGAAUAGAGGCCUGAGCAACAAAAGAACUAUGCAAGAAACUAGAUGUAAGUAGAGGAGACGUGUCUCUGGCUGGAGGUGCUGUUCUGUCUCAUUUGACCACCGUCCUCCUCAUCACAUAGGACUGGACUGGCUCAUUGGUGCUUAGAAAUGGAGGAUAUAAUGAAGAACUAUCACCAUUUUCUCAUUUGUCACUGUCUAUAUCUUCACUUAACUGUAUGUCACUUGUUUUACGCAGCGGCUGCAGUUUACUUAACAGGGCUCCCCUCAACAGCACAGUGUUUAUCCAUCUCAUCUGUUCUAUCUGUUUAGCUCACACCUCAUUUGAACUAAUUCAGCUGGCUCCAUCCAUGUUUAUACAGUAUAUACAGUAUAUAGUACAGUGACUCAUUUAUUCAGAAUAUCUGAAAUGGGUUGAGUACUGGAUUUGCUGAGCUGUGUAGAGGUGGUUUGUAACUUAAGGACUGGAUUCUCUACAACUACAGCAAAGACCUACAGUGAGCUUGUUCCACUUUUCUAACCCAUUUAUCUGUAUACGCUGCAAAAUAAAGGCCAACAUAAAGAAAAGCAA